GUGGCCAUCAGAUCAAACAUCGACGAUAGAAGGCCGGGCCUGGCGCUCUUGCUCUUCCCCCCUGAACUCUCUCUCUGCAGCACAUCGAGCUUCCCUCUCUCUCUCUCUCUCUCUCUCUCUCAUGCAGCUCCAGAUCGCUGUCCACUUUUCUGAAUCUCCAUGGAAUCGUGCGCCGGGCGGCAGGCGAAGCAAAUCGCCAUUGCGAGGAACUCGCGCUAGGAAGCAAGCGAUGCUAUGCUGCUAGCUGGUGUCGAAGUGGAGCUCGGAUUUGUGCCGGCGGCAAUCGGGAGAUUUGUAGUCGUGUGAGCAAUUUGGGUGUGGAGGGGAGGGGGAGGGGGAAGAACAGAAGCAGAGCAGAGAAGAGCAGAAGGCACAGGAGUGGAGAUCGAGAGCUGGACGAGGACGACCCGGGGAAGGUGUGUGCGGAGUCAGUUGUCUGGAGUUGCGUAUGACGAUGUGAUAAGAGCUGGGUACGGGAGGGCAUGCAGGGAAAGGGUGGUGGCAGGGAUCAGAUAUCAGGUGAUAGAACGAUGCCGAGGCCUUGUAGUCCCAGGGCAAUCCGAUGGCGAAAAGGGGAAAUUAUCGGAGCCGGAGCUUAUGGACGAGUCUAUAUGGGCAUGAACCUCGAUUCCGGGGAGCUGCUGGCUGUGAAGCAGGUUCUGAUCACCGUGAAUAACGUCACGAAAGAGAAAGCUCAAGCUCACAUCAGGGAGUUGGAAGAGGAAGUGAGGCUGUUGCGCAACCUUUCACACCCAAACAUUGUGCGCUACUUAGGCACCGCUCGAGAAGAAAAAGCGCUGAAUAUUCUCCUUGAAUUUGUCCCCGGUGGAUCUAUAGCUUCACUGCUGGGGAAAUUUGGAUCUUUCACCGAACCAGUGAUUCGGAUGUACACUAGACAACUGCUUUUGGGGCUGGAGUACUUGCACAGUAACAACAUUUUGCAUCGAGAUAUCAAGGGUGCGAAUAUUCUCGUGGAUAAUAAAGGAUGCAUCAAACUUGCUGACUUCGGUGCUUCAAAGAAAGUGGUUGAGCUGGCAACAAUUUCUGAGGCGAAAUCGAUGAAAGGAACACCUUAUUGGAUGGCACCAGAAGUUAUUCGGCAAACGGGUCACAACUGGCAAGCAGACAUAUGGAGUGUAGGGUGUACGGUCAUCGAAAUGGCGACGGGCAAGCCUCCGUGGAGUCAACAGUUUCAAGAGGUUGCUGCUUUGUUCCACAUUGGAACAACAAAAUCUCACCCGCCAAUUCCAGAGCACCUGUCGGCUAAUGGCAAGAACUUUCUCUUGAAGUGUCUUCAAAGGGAACCGAGGCUUCGACCGAGCGCUGCUGAUCUUUUACAGCAUCCCUUCGUAACUGAGCAACUUCGUGAAGAAUCAUCUGGUACCAAAAUUUCGCAGCAGCGGUCUUCUGUAGCCAAUUCGGGGUUGCUAUCCAAGGACGGCAAUUCUCCACGAUCCAUCGGAAGAACUUACACUAGCAUUCGCGACGGAUCCUUCAAACCAGCAUCUUUAAAACCUGGGCAUUACAGCUCUCCUCUAAGCAAAGGGCUUUCAACUUUGAAAGGGACCGACAGUUUUAAGCCAUGGGAUUCAAGACUCGAUGGACAAAAGGCUGAAAUGUCUUAUGGAAACGACAUGAAUUGUUCUGUAAGGCUUGACUCUGUCAGAUGCGACUCCUUCUCUGGUGCAGGUAACUCUGUCAGGUUUGAUUCUGUAAGAAGCUCAUAUCAGACUGGGGCAGGACAUUCUGUGCGACUGGAUUCUGUGAGAAGCGAGUUUCUUACCGAGAGUUACAACCCAAUGUGCGAACCACAGAGCUUCAAUCCCAUGUCAGAACCUUCGCUUCGAGAGGGAGAUGGUUGGGCUGAUAAUCCAAGAACAGACUUGACGUUCAGAAAUUGCGACAGAAGUGAAGAGGCACCAACUUCUCUCCGUGAAGGUGGUGUAGGCGAUAGCGCUCAAGAUGAUGAUGACGAUGUGACGGAAUCGAAAAUCAGGGCGUUUUUAGAUGAGAAGGCUCUGGAGCUGAAGCGAUUGCAAACUCCACUCUUUGAGGAGCUUUACAACAUUUGGAAUACGAAUCAAACAGGGCCGUCAGAGAGCUUCAUUGCUCCAUUGAGUCCAUCUCCUGCCAGGCCUCCGAAGCAAUCACCGAGCAGUAAGUCUCCAAGUCAAAGGAGCAGCUUGAGUGGGCGCUCGAUCAAUUUGCGAAGCAGUAGAGAUAGCGAACAAAGCGUUGGUUCGGGCAGCCCAAGUGCAAAUGGGGCUCCCAGUGUUAACUUCUCUCCUCUUGUGGAAGUCCCUUCACCUAAGCUUAACGAAUGGAAGGGAUUACUUCAUGAUGCACAAUGUGGAAUACCUCCUCCUAGCCCCAGCUUGAAUUCGUCCGAGCGCCAGAGGUUAUGGAAGGAGGAGCUCCAAGCCGAGCUGGAAAUGAAGCGAGAGGAGAAGCGGAAGCUAACACGCCAAGCUAGCACACUUACAAACUCCACGUCCUCGCCCAACAAAGACAAAUCUUUGCAACGCUAUGGAAGCCGCCUAGCUUGCGCUCCACCAAUCCCGAAAUGAGUAUAUAAAACAGUAGAAUAGAAGCUCCAACUAGCCUUUCCUCCAAUUAUUGGGUGGGAAAACUACGUACUCUGAUUCCAUGUAUGAAAUGAAAAUUCAUUGUUUUGCCAGCUGGGUCAAGCACGGGUCACACUCAUCAGUGACCGAGCGUGAGAUUUGUUAUUCAGAGUUUCUAUGCUGAGCUCUGCCCCCUUCCCCACAAACACCAGCCCCCACCCCGUACCAACAAAAUUCCUCCAUGCUAACUCGCUUGCUCCAUCGGAGGUAAAGCACCUUUGCGUGUCUACUGUUAGCAUAUUCAAAGCUUGAUCCAAUCUUUUGCAGAGUAAAGCAAAAGGAUUUCUCGGAGGAAGAAAGGUACAUCCUCACACACUGAAAGUGCCAGGGGCUGUGCUCCCCCAAAAUAGAUUUCAUGACACAUUUGCUGCUUCCAAUUUUUUCCUGUUAAAACUGAGUCGAGAGGAGAGGUGGUGUUAGUCCCUACAGCAGAGUAGUGCUCCAAAGUCGUUGCUCAAGGAAAGAAGUACAUAUAUGACCUUCCUAGAGUUCAGUAUGUCGGCCAAGAAGUUUGAGUGUAAAUAAAGAUGU